GCGAAUCGAUUCUGUUGACACGCGAAUCGAUUCGUCCCCGACGCGGCCGCGCUGAAGAGUGGACGACGACGACGAGGAGGAGGAGGGGAGCGAGGCGCCAUGACGAAGCCCAAGAGCAAGAGGAAGAUGGAGCGGGUGAAGGAGCCCGAGAGCUCCGCAGACUGCAAGGCCUCCGGUGGCAGCCCUGCCCCAGUGUCUGGACUGGGUGCGCAGCAGAGUUCGCGCCCUUCCCUGGUCUCCGACAUACAAAGCAUGAUGUUUGCAAUGGGGGAUGUUCGCCGUCCUUUGCAUGAGUCGGCUGCACUCAUUGAGGAUGUUACUCACACACAGCUCACGCUAAUGCUGUCACACCUGCAGGAUGUGUGUGCGAUGCGAGGGGGUAAGCACAUUGGUCUGGAAGACAUACUUUUCCUUAUGAGAAAGGAUAAGGGAAAGAUGCGUCGUCUGAUAGCUCACCUCAACUUUCGGGACCUCAAGUCACGAGUGCUACAAAGUGUGCAGGAAGAUGAGGAUUUCUUUGGGCCAGAGGCAAGCAAGCGGCAGAAAGUAUGUGCAGAUGUACUAAGUGUGCUGGACCAGACAGGAAUGAUGUCAUCAUGGCAAAUGGACUCUGAGACCGAGGGUGUAAAGCAAGAACGUAUUGCUCGUGCUGAGCGACAAACAAGAGAAAUGGAUUCAGCAACAUACGCGGAGUUUUUUGACAGUCGACAGGCCAGCUUUGCCCGGAAGAUUGGGAAACUACGCGAUUGGCUGGAUUUGUCCUCUCUAGAGGUGAAGCCCAAUGCCAUGGCGAUGGAAACACUGGCAUACUUGGCUCAAGAGACAGUCGCCAUGAUUGUGGAAUUGUCCCUUCUGGUGCAAAGAGACAUGGAGCUUCACCUAAUGAAAGAGGGUUUUGGAACGCAACGCAGUAUGGGUGUACAGAAAAUUGGCUCACCUAUAACUCCUGUCCAUGUGAGAGAAGCAGUGAGACGCUACACCGAACAAAAUACAGGAGGACCAGUUGGGCUAUUUACAAGUGCAUACAAGCAAUUCGGGACCCCAUUUUUUGCCUGCUAAAACAUACGUACAUGUGUACGCGAUUCUGCAGAACACUUAAACACACAAUUGGUAACCGCCAAUUAUCAGAAGUCUGCACCUGAAGGCUGCGGGCAUGGUGAAGAGAUUCUGAGCGUUUGCAGGGGGGGGUCGUGUAUCGUCCAUUUACACAGUGGCAUUGCCAGUAUCCCAAUUAACGCUGUACGUGUGCACACAAUAUUUUGUUUACAUUGUUAAUUAUACAGUGGAUUGUAUUUAAUGUGAAGUGUGUAUUAUAAACUGGGAUGUGCACUGUUAUUAAAUCUCAAUGUCCAAAAGUA